AUGAGUAGCUCGCUGGUCUUCGCCCUCCUACGACACGGACAGAAGUUUCUCGUAUAUCCUUCAGCAUUCAUAGAGGGGCCGAGAGAGAUAUCCAAACCGUCCGAGCUAGGACUGGAAUAUGAAGACCUCGCGCUAACGACGGCGGAUGGAGUGCGGCUGGACUGUUACUUCAUCAGCCACGCCGCCCAAUCCGCCCAGCGUAUCCAGGAACACGAAGAUAACGACUUUCCUCGCGACUCGUCGUCUGCGUUCCGCCCUCCGGAGUCGUAUGAAGGCCCUGCUAUCGCGAAUGUGCUCAUGUUUCAUGGCAACGGGAUGAAUUACGGGGACCUUAUGUAUGCGGCGAAGCGCCUGGUCAUGAGGAGGUGUAAUGUGCUGCUGCUGUCUUAUCGAGGCUAUGGAACCUCGAAAGGCUCGCCCUCUGAGUCUGGCCUGAAGCUAGACGCUCAAGCAGCACUCGAUCGUGUUCGUAAAGGUCCUGCGCUUCCAACAAUACUUUUCGGGACCUCUCUGGGCGGUGCAGUAGCCAUUGACCUCGCGUCUCGCAACCCCACCGCCAUCUCCGCAAUCAUUCUCGAAAACACGUUCCUCUCCCUCCCCCGCGUCGUCCGCGACUGGCCAUAUAUUGGCCUCUUCAGCUUCCUCGUCAUGCAGCGGUGGAACUCUGCCUCCAGACUGCCUUCAAUACCGGCCACAGUACCGAUGCUCUUUCUCAGCGGGGCAAGUGACGAGGUUGUGCCGAAGAAACACAUGGAGGGCUUGUGGGAGAUAGCGAGGAGACGUAAAAGGGGAGCCACGUCAGGGCUGGAUAGAUUUGAGUCGUUCAAAGCAGGGAUGCAUGCGGAUACUUUUCUACAACCGGGUUAUUGGGAUAAGGUCGACGAUUGGCUUCAAGCUGUAACAGCCCCACCUGAAUCAUAA